AUGUCCAUUUCGUUUGAUGAUGACACAUUUUUAUUUCUACCAACAGAACCAGUCACUGAUGUAACCGUCUCUCUACUAAGUCCAGACUUGGUUGAAUUCAACAGCUCAGUCCGUCUAUCCUGCUCCUCCUCCUCUGGAAAUGAACUCUCCUUCAGCUGGUUGAACGGCAGCUCUGUGGUUACUCCCAGUGACAGGGUUCAGAUCACUGAUGGAGGAGCAAAUCUGACUAUAGUUAAUGUGACCCGCUAUGACCAGGGAUCAUACAGCUGCAAUGUGUCUAAUCUUGUCUCUUCUAAAAGCAGUGAUCCAAUAGAAAUCAAUAUCAGCUAUGGUCCAGAAAAUGUAAGAUUAGAAGUGAAUCCAUCAGGAGAACAUCAUAAGACUGGGUCAAACAUCACUCUGACCUGCUCUGCUGAUUCGACACCUUCUGCUGAAUAUCAGUGGUUUCUGAAUGGAGGCGCUCUGCCUACAGCUGGACCAGAACUCAGUCUGAUGAAAAUUCAGUUGAAUCAAAGUGGAAACUACAGCUGUCAGGCCUUUAACAGCAAAACCCUGAGAUAUCAAACAUCUCCACCUUCAGCUGUCUAUGUACUUGAUCCUGUCCUUAACGUAAAAGUUACUCCAGAAUCCUCCGACUUGAUUGAGUUUAGUAAAUCCGCCAGCUUCGUCUGCACCUCGUCUGGAUCAUCUCCCUCCUUCCGUUGGAUGAAAGACUCCUCUGAGAUUACAGCCAGUGACAGAGUUCAGAUUACUGAUGGAGGAUCCACUCUGACUAUUGUCAAUGUGACCAGAAAUGAUGAUGGAUCAUACAGCUGUGAAGUGUCCAAUCCUGUCAGCAAUGCCAACAGUGAUAAAGUAAAGCUCUCUGUCAGCUAUGGCCCAGAAAAAGUCAAAUUAAAGGUUAACCCUGAACCUCAUAAACCAUAUGUGGAAGGUUCAGACAUCACCUUGUCCUGUUCGGCUGACUCCAGACCUGCUGCCGUGUUUAGUUGGUUCCUAAAUGCAAAACUUCUGCCUGAUUCUGAACAUGAGCUCAAGCUAAUCAGUGUUCAGAGGAAUCAGAGUGGAAACUACAGCUGUCAGGCCUUUAACAGUAAAACCACAAAAAAGCAGACAUCUGAACUUGCAUCUAUCUCUAUAGUGG